UUUUCCCCCUCCCCUUUCCAAUCGAGAUAGCAAAGAUGGCGGCAUCCACAAGAUUCCUUGGCCGGUAGGGAGAGUGCGGUAGCUUCCUUGCCUCGCGUUUCGGAACCUACUCGGCCGCCCGAUGCUGUCAUUGAGCAGUGGCAGGUUGGGAAGCCGCUUGGCGGCGGCCCCGAUCUCCAGAGCCUGGUUCCAGGGCGCAAGGAAGGAAGCCUCCUCGGUCCAGGGUGACGUCAGUGGAGCGAUGUAUGACGUCGUCGUUAUCGGUGGCGGGCACGCGGGCGCGGAGGCGGCGGCGGCGGCCGCGAGGGGAGGAGCCCGGACCCUGCUGGUGACGCACAAGGCGAGCGCCAUCGGACAAAUGUCAUGCAACCCUUCCUUUGGUGGAAUUGGGAAAGGACAUCUGGUGAGAGAAGUGGAUGCCUUGGAUGGUCUUUGUGGUAGGAUCUGUGACCAGUCUGGAGUGCAUUACAAAGUGUUAAACAAGGGCAAGGGCCCAGCAGUCUGGGGUCUCCGGGCUCAGAUUGACCGGAAGCUCUACAAAGAGAAGAUGCAGAAAGAAAUUUUCCAAAUCACACAUCUGACAGUUUGUGAAGCAUCUGUGGAAGAUCUUGUGCUUACAGAGCCAGAAUUGGAUCACCCGGGGAAAUGUUGCGUCAGUGGAGUCAUUCUGGAAGAUGGAAGGAAAGUGCACGCUGGCAGUGUUGUUCUGACCACAGGGACAUUUCUAAGAGGGAUGAUCCUAAUUGGGCUUGAGUCAUAUCCUGCUGGGCGGAUGGGAGACCGGCCCUCCAUUGGCCUUGCUCAGACUCUGGAGAACCUUGGCUUUUCCCUCGGAAGGCUGAAGACCGGGACCCCACCACGACUGGAGAAGGAGUCCAUUGAUUUCAAUGGCCUGGAGCAACAAACAGCUGACAGCUCUCCUGUGCCCUUCAGCUUCCUUAGUGAAGCUGUCUGGAUUAAGCCAGAAGAUCAACUGUCUUGUUAUAUGACUUACACCAACCCCAAAGUGGAACAGAUCAUCCAUGAUAAUCUUCACCUGAACAGCCAUGUGAGAGAGACAACAAGAGGACCCCGGUACUGUCCCUCACUUGAGUCCAAAGUUUUGCGUUUCCCAAAUCGUGUGCAUCAGGUUUGGCUUGAGCCUGAGGGUCUGGAUUCCCAUGUCAUCUACCCUCAAGGAUUAUCAAUGACAUUGCCCUCUGAGAUCCAGGAGCAGCUCAUCACCCACAUUAAGGGCUUGGAAAAUGCUAAAAUCGUACAGCCAGGCUAUGGAGUCCAGUAUGAUUACCUGGAUCCGCGUCAGCUGAGUGCCUCCCUGGAGUCUUGUCUCAUUCAACGCCUCUUCUUUGCAGGGCAGAUAAAUGGCACAACCGGCUAUGAAGAAGCUGCAGCUCAGGGUAUUAUUGCUGGCAUCAACGCUGGCCUGCGGGUCAAAGGAAAGCCUCCCUUUAUAGUUAGCCGCACCGAAGGUUACAUCGGAGUUUUGAUCGACGACCUCACCACGCUUGGCACCAACGAGCCAUACCGGAUGUUCACAAGCCGCGUGGAGUUCCGGAUGUCCCUGCGCCCAGAUAAUGCGGACAGCAGGCUCACUUUCCGAGGUUAUAAUGAAGCUGGCUGUGUGUCCCAACACCGAUAUGAGCAAGCAGCUCAGAUGAAAGCAAUGAUAGAAGAAGGAAUGGAAGCCUUGAAAUCGGUUCAGUUCAGCAGCACAAAAUGGGCCCAGCUUGUUCCAGAGGCCGCCAUAAGUACCCAGCGUUGUUCACCGAGCAGUGCUCUAGAUCUUCUUCAGUACCAAGGGGUCAAUAUGGAGGUCUUGGCAAAAGCUGUUCCGGACCCUCUGAAGAAGUUUGCAGAAUGGCAGCAACUGGCAGAUAGGCUGAAAAUAGAAGCUGUGUACGGAUGGCAUGUGUCCAAUCAAAGGUUAGAAAUAGAAGAAGUGCAGCGAGAUGAGGCUCUCAAACUGCCAGAGGAUCUGGAUUAUUUUGCCAUUAACGCAUCACUGUCCCAAGAAGUACGAGAGAAAUUGGAUUCACAUCGUCCACAGACGAUUGGUGCUGUGAGCCGCAUCCCCGGAAUCACACCAGCUGCUGUGGUUAACCUACUGAGAUUUGUGAAAAUCAAUUGCAAAAGAAUGAAGGAUGUACAUGACUUAUCCAGAACUGCCAGUCCUUUUUCAGAUGCAGAGCCACUGGGGCAAAGAAAGCUCCAGGCUGCUGAUGGGAACAGGACUUUUUGACAAAAAGCCAUCCAACACAUUAUUUGUGUUCUUGGAACCUGUGGUUUCCACAUAAUAUAUAUAUUUAUGUGUGUAAUUGUUAUCUAAUAAAUCUAGAAAUAAAUCAUAUCAUAACAUG